UCGAAAUCGAGCAAGAACAGCGACACGGCAGCAGAAAACUCUGUCACACCCUCGUCAUUUUAGUGGAAAAACAAGUAUUUUCAGCUCAAAAGUGAGCUAGCCUACCGUCAAAGUGUAGUUGAAGUGCAUUGCAACAAAGUGCGAGUGAAAUUCAAAUGAUAAUUGUGUGUUCGGUGGCGAAAUUGUCGAUUGAAAAAUUCGUGUUUCACAAUUUGCUUCGUUUCUUUUGACUGCCUGGUCUGCUGGCAACCCAGGUGGUGAAGUUGCUUUGUAUCGAGUUGAGCAAAUAAAGCAGUAACAUCGACAGGAGUGGUGUGAGUUUGUGUUUAUCGCAAGAAAGUUUUGUCGUGGGGACGGUGGUAAAGUUGGGUUUGGUGACUCAUCCAACAAAGGAGGAAAAGUCAAUCAAAAAAUGGGAACACUAUCGGAUUUUGGUCAAGUGGCCCUCAAAUGGGAUCCUAAAAAUUUGGAAAUAAGAACGAUGUCGGUGGAGAAAACACUGGAACCGUUGGUUCUACAGGUGACUACCUUGGUUAAUACUAAGGGACCGAGCAAGAAGAAGAAAGGUAAAUCAAAACGAGCCAGCGCUUUGGUUGCGGCCGUUGAGAAAGCUACCGAUAUUUUUAUCGAGCGUGGUGAGCAGAUAGCCUAUGAAAAUCCGGAUAUCACCCAGGAGAUGCUGUCAGCAGUAGACGAAGUGCGCAAGACUGGUUCGCAGAUGAGUAUUGCGGCUCGUGAAUUUUCCGAAGAUCCGUGCAGCUCAUUGAAACGUGGUAACAUGGUUCGUGCGGCUAGAAAUUUACUUUCAGCGGUUACACGUCUGCUGAUUCUAGCCGAUAUGGUCGAUGUACAUCUGCUAUUGAAGUCGUUACACGUUGUCGAAGACGAUCUGGACAAAUUACGCAAUGCAUCCUCGCAGGACGAGCUAAUGAAUAAUAUGCGCCAAUUUGGCCGGAACGCAAAUGAAUUGAUCAAACAGGCUGCCAAACGGCAACAGGAACUGAAGGAUCCUCAACUGCGUGAUGAUUUGGCUGCAGCACGGGCCGUGCUUAAGAAACAUUCCACUAUGCUACUAACGGCUUCCAAGGUCUAUGUGCGUCAUCCAGAAUUGGACCUGGCAAAGGUGAACCGAGAUCAUAUUCUGAAGCAAGUCUGCGAAGCCGUCAAUACGAUUAGCGACGUCGCACAGGGUAAAGCGACUUCCCCUCAGGAUAUUUACGUGGGAGCCGGAGAAUUGGCAGCUGCCCUGGAUGACUUCGAUGAAGGAAUUAUUAUGGAUCCGUUGGCGUACAACGAGGUACGUUCCCGGCCUUCGUUGGAAGAACGUUUGGAGAGUAUUAUCAGCGCUGCUGCUUUAAUGGCCGAUGCCGAUUGUACUCGGGACGAGCGACGGGAGAGAAUUGUUGCUGAAUGUAAUGCCGUUCGGCAGGCGUUGCAGGAUUUGCUGUCGGAGUAUAUGUCGAAUAUGGGAACUAAGGAACGUACUCCGGAACUUGAGCGCGCUAUCGGUCAGAUGUAUCGCAAGACGAAGGAUCUUCGGCGGCAGUUGCGCAAAGCGGUUGUGGAUCACGUUUCGGACUCCUUCCUGGAGACCAAUAUGCCCCUGUUGGAUCUGAUCGACGCUGCCCAUUCUGGAAAUGAGAAAAAAGUUCACGAGCGAGCGGAAACUUUUACCAAACAUGCCGAAAAGCUAGUUGAAGUUGCCAAUUUGGUUUGCAGUAUGUCAAACAACGAGGACGGAGUGAAAAUGGUUCGCUAUGCUGCUGCCCAAAUCGAAACGCUGUGUCCUCAAGUUAUAAAUGCAGCACUGAUUCUGUGCGCUCGACCCAAUUCGAAAGUGGCACAGGAAAACAUGGAAGCCUACCGGCAGGCCUGGGAAAACCAGGUGCGUAUUUUGACCGAGGCAGUCGAUGACAUCACGACGAUCGAUGACUUUUUGGCUGUUUCCGAGAAUCACAUCCUGGAAGAUGUGAACAAGUGCGUUCUGGCACUGCAAGAGGGUGAUGCGUUGGACCUACGAAACACCGCCGGUGCUAUUCAGGGUCGGUCGGCUCGGGUUUGCAACGUAGUGGAAGCCGAAAUGGACAACUACGAGCCGUGCAUCUACACUAAGCGAGUGUUAGAAGCGGUCAAAGUGCUUCGCGAUCAGGUGAUGUCCAAAUUUGCCCAGCGGGUCGAUGUUGCCGUGGAUGCACUAUCUUCCAACACUGCCAAGGAUGUCGACGAGAACGACUUUAUUGAUGCGAGCCGUCUGGUGUACGAUGGAGUACGCGAGAUACGGCGGGCCGUACUCAUGAAUAGGAGCUCCGAUGAGCUGGACACCGACACCGAAUUCGAACCCGUUGAAGAUAUGACGGUAGAGACGAGGAGUAGAUCAAGCGCACAUACAGGCGAUCAAACCAUCGACGAAUAUCCGGAUAUCAGUGGAAUUACCACCGCUAGAGAAGCGAUGCGAAAGAUGAACGAAGAGGACAAACAGAAGAUCAUGCAACAGGUCGAGCUGUUCCGCCGUGAAAAACUUACGUUCGAUUCCGAGGUUGCCAAGUGGGACGACACCGGCAAUGAUAUUAUCUACCUGGCCAAACACAUGUGCAUGAUCAUGAUGGAAAUGACAGAUUUUACACGUGGUCGUGGUCCGCUCAAAACAACAAUGGAUGUGAUCAACGCGGCCAAAAAGAUCUCCGAGGCCGGUACCAAACUGGACAAGCUAACCCGAGAGAUCGCCGACCAGUGCCCGGAGAGUUCGACCAAGAAGGAUCUGCUAGCGUACUUGCAGCGUAUCGCACUCUACUGCCAUCAGAUUCAGAUCACGUCGAAGGUUAAGGCCGACGUGCAAAACAUCAGCGGCGAGCUGAUCGUUUCCGGGGUAAUUCUGGACAGUGCCACAUCGCUCAUUCAGGCUGCCAAGAAUCUAAUGAACGCCGUAGUUUACACCGUCAAAUACUCCUACGUUGCCUCCACCAAAUAUACCCGGCAGGGAACGGUUUCGAACUACGUAAGUUGUUGCUCGAUGUUCAUAAGCAAUUACGCACUACCCCUAUAGCUUUGCGUAGUGAAACACUUUUGUUUACUUUGCUGUCUCGAUGUGCCUCCUAUUCUAUAUGCGGAUCCUAGUUUUCACUCUAUCAUAAAGGUGAUAGUACAUUGUUCCAGAAUAAUCAAAAUUGAACAUUGCUUUUCAAUAAAAAAUAAAAAAACAAUUAUUUCGCAAUGUACUAUUACUAUAGGCAUCAUGGUAGCAUAAUAAUUUUUCUCUAUCACAAAUCAUUUGUAUUUAAUGCAUUAAAAAAGGUUCGAGCGUCAAUUGUUCGGAACACUUCUAAAAUAAGAAUUGCGAAUGACAUGACAUUUUUUACGAAUAGUAAAAGUACACUUCAUUAGUCAAGCAAAUUCAAAAAUGACGACAAUCUAUAUGGAAACAAUUCACGAGUCUGGGUAAUAUAUAACAUGUCGAAGGUAAGUUGCAAAGAAGAAACGAUUGGAUUUCUGUUGAGUUUUCAAAUCCCAAAAACUGGCUGUACAAAGCAGGAUACUUGAGUUUCCCUAGUUCGAACUGACGUUAGUAGUCUAUCAAUUACCUGAUUCAUUAAAAAGAGAAGGGACUUUUCUCCGAUGGAACAUUUACCAUAGCGGACGAAAACAGCCACAGCCACAGCAGCAUCAUCUUGGGGAACUUGGUGUGUGAAAUAAACUUCACCUCGGAGCUCACUUCCUUCGUGGGAGAAGUAAAAUACGAAAUUCCCUUCCAGUCGUAGCCAUCCAGGGUGAGGUAGAUCUCAUCUACCAUCACCACCGCCACGCCGUGAUUCGUCGGGAUAAUCGUGUUUUUUGUCGGUCUUCCUCUUCAGUUUCCGUUAGGAGCUUCUUGUCGCUCAGGGUCGAUCUUUCGAUGCUCUGAUUGUUGUAUAAUAGUGCCAAGAUGUUGUAGAUGCUGGAACGAGCGUAUCCGACGUCCACAAAAUGUUGCACGAUGUCCGUUUUCGACGCGGCGGGGUGUCGUUCUUUGAACGGGCACACUUCUGAACGGAGUUGCUUCACUGGUUUUGCCAUCACGGUUAAAGUUCGACCGAUAGAGCUGUCAAAUUUUGUCUGCUGACUCAUGGGUUACAAUGAUUGAUGCUGCAUGGGUAGUUUCGUCGAUGCGGCUGAAGGCAAAACGAUGAUAAAUCGACGAUGUGCGUAUUGAAGCUCAUCCUGUCACCGAUUGGUUUUCAUUUAAUCAUGCUCUUGCGUAUUUUGUCCAGCACUAUGAAGCCCGUUCUUAGCACGCUGGUUGUGCCAUAGCUCGGACAGAAGGUGACUGCUCAAUGCCCGAUUUUACACACCUUCUGUUCCGUCCAACUAAGUUCCUGCACUGCUACGACCUGUAAGCUAAGAGUUUUUUCAUGGCCUCGCAUUCGGAACCCCCUAGUCACGGAAACAUACAGACCUCAGUUCAAUACAGGGAAGAAAAUACACAAAUCUGACACCUGCGAGAGUGAGUAUGUUUAUCACCUCCUUAACCCCACUGUCUUGCAGCCGUUUUAGAAUAAAAGGUUGUCUACAUGCGUUUUCAGGGAAGUGUUAACUUAAUCCAAUUCCAUUUUGUAUACAGACCAAAUCGUGUUCCGAGGUUACCGUUACAUCGACCAGCCCCGCCUCGAUGAAAUGUUUGCAUCAAAUGGAUUCACGGGAAGGCAUGAGAUAGGAACUUGUGAGCUCUUAGUUAUCUCAUCUUGUGACCGCAUCUUCUCAUUCUGCUACUACCGUGGAAGGCAGUAGCACCCAAUCGACACCGGUUAUCAAUGAAGCCAUAAAAUAGGAACUUGUGAAUAUUGAUCAAUCAUUGACUAAUUGUACUAGAUGCAAACAGCUUAAAAUUAGAGAUCCUAUAUUUACAGGUCAGCGGAGACAUUGUUAUGAUUCCUAUUGAGCUGUCAAAAGCGGUUCCAAUCUGCUUGUUUACAAUCGUCUUGUUGCUCGUUGUUCACUAUCAAUGGAAAGUGUUGAUACUAAAUAUUGUGUAUGAUAUUUGAAAGAACCGUUUGACAUAAUUUACAAAUGUUUUAUGCUUUUUUGUCACUGAUUUUUCCCAAAAAUGAUUAAUACACUUGAUUUUUUUGCUAUUAGUGUAAUUUUUUACAAGCGAUUAAGGCCAUCGUCCAGGUACCAUGCGUGCGGGUGGUUUUAGGCAAUUUUCGAUGGAAAUUUUGAAAAAUUUGCCAAAACCAAAAACAUACAGACCUUUGAAUAACUUUUAUCUAUCUGCAGGAAAAAAUUGCUGAAAAUUUCGUUGAAAUAUUCGAAAUUCGUUAAUUUUCCAUGAAAAGCGUGAAAAGGUUUUCCAAAAAUGUGUCCGAAUGUAAUCUUUGUAGCCAUCAUAAGGUUUAUUUGAAAAAAAGAAUUUAUAUCAUCGCAUUAUUUUUCCAGAUAAAUGUGAAAGAUCACAAAAACACUCAUUUUUCAAAGCUAUUUUUUAUAAGUUCCGAGUCUUUUUUUCAGUCAUUUUUGCCCUGCGGAUAGAUAAAAGCUUUUCAAAGGUCUGUAUGUUUCUGGUUUCGGCAAAAUUUCCAUCGAAAAUUUCCUAAAACCACCCGCGCACUGGACGAUGGCCCUAAACUCGAGCAUUAGAAAAGCCACCCGCACGCAAAUAUAAAUGCAAGCGGUGCCAGAAUUUUUGUUAUGUUUAUCUCGUUACCAGAUCUACGAUGAUUCCCUCCACUAAUCUCUGGUUUUAGAAUCACUACUUAAAAUAUUACUGAUACGAACAACGAAGCGCUGUCUACCUAAGAAGCUUUCAAAAAAGACUAAAGUUGAAGGCAUGUUGAUGAACAACAGAAGAUUUCGGAUGUUCUUCGUUGCAAGAAAUCAUAACUCUACUGUCGUUGUUUUAUUGAACAGUUGAACAUUUGAGUCGCUUUAUUGAUUUUUUUAGAUAACACCAAAUCUUGAUGCCUCAUUUGUCGUAAAGGAAAUUCGUAAAAAAAAUGCAUGACUUCGAAAAUCCGUAGAGAAAAAAACUACCUAUCUUCCGAAAUUGCUAUAAUUCGGAAAUCCACAUGAAAAAGGCUCACAACAAAGAAAAGUUCACUUUCGUGUUACGUUCUAUACUUUUCUUACGGUCAAUUUCAAACAAAGACUUGACUAGAAAACAAUGAGAUGAACAAACGGCUGUAAAAUUCAGUUUUCCCGUGAUCAAUGUUUUUUGCCAUGGCUUGUAAGCCUUUUACCAGGACUCGAAGAAAGUGACAGCAAAUCCGAAUUAAUAAUGCCAUGGUUUCACCUUUCAUACAACUCAGGCAGCAACAUGAAGCACGAAAUAAUAAUCUGUUCAAUGUCGAAUUUGGCAACGUCAGGUACAAGAUUCUGCAGUAAGUUGCACUUUUGAAGAACCAACUCACGGCCUUCCUAAGAGCAUUAAGGGUAUCCACCAGAGUAAAAUUGUCGAGAAAUCGAUUUUUUAAAACAUUGUUCGCAGGCCAUAAUUGAAAAGACUUAUUUAACAGAUUUACUUGAAACUUGUACUGACUGAUUUAUAGAGAUAACUGAAUGCAUGCAGCGGGUUUUCGAAAUCUUCCAAUUUCCUCUUAAGGGCUAUUGCGUUUGAAAGUACAACAAAUUCUAAAAUUAUUUGAUUCCCUUGGUCGAAAGUGUGUAUUUUACUAGCAUCUAGAAUGGUACUUUUUUUAUUUAUCUACUUUGAGUUUAGAAAACUAAGAGACAGUAAAGUUUUGGAGUCGUGUAGGAUUCUCAAAUAAAUUCCUUCAUUCAUUGUACUUGAUCAAGACAGCUCGUGGCCUAGAAAAUCGAUAGUGACGUAUGAGAGUUAGCUAUGACAUGGAGCUUUUGCCAUCAAUCUGCUCAUUGUGGUAUAACUUAUGAGCGAAUCCAAUGUAGAAAAUGCGAAGUUUUUUCUGUGUGAAAUACAUAAAGGCUUACACUUUACUCCCUUCAAUGUCGCUGAAUUAUUUCGCCUUUGCUUGAAAAAUUCACAAAUAUGUGUUUUCAUUAUUGACAUGUGCAUACUCUCAUUUCCUUGUCAAAGCAGAUAAUUUUAUCAACUCAGUAUUUGGAAUGUAAGCAACUUCGGGUUUCUCCAUUUUCUAUCGAGUUUGCUUGGUACUCGCUAGGAAAUCAUUUUAAUAAGCUUAUUUGAUCUCUAUAUUUUAACAACCUGAAAUAGGAUAUUGUAGCACGAUUAACCUGCAAGCUGCAGUUUACUCCCCCAAUUUGAAGCUGAAUCUAAAAUUUCUUGUUCUAGGGGAAGAAUCUAUAGUUUGGUAUCUUCUACUAAAAUCACUUAAAGUAUCUCUAUUGUAACAAUCACCACAUUAAUUUUUUAAUCGUUCUUAUCUCAUUCCCACUACUUCUUACUUCUACUGAUUCUAACUCGAAUUGCUCAUGGUAGUGACCUUUAGCUCUGUUAUAUAACCAAGCCACGUUCGCUUCUCGAUGUAUUUUUUGUUCGUAUUUCCUGGGAAACAGACACACCAUCUUUUCUACUCAUUAACUUCAACUUUGCCUUU